GUGUAACUUGAAUAUCUGCAUUGUACAUGAAAUUGGAAGAAUUUGGAAAUAUUGUUUUGUAGGCAACACAUAUUAACUGAUGUAGUCACAAGUAAACGUAUGUAGAGAUAAGUAAUCUAAUAUUACUGCAUGUAAAAACACAGAAAUUAAAGAAGAAAAAUAAGCCUUAUUUAUGUGUGGUAAUCCUUUCACAGAACGGCAUAGAAGCAUCUAGGACAGAAGGAAGAGAACGUUUCCUGUGCUAUAUACAUCAUUAGAAACAGCAACUUCAGCUGCUCUGAGGAUAAAUUCAAUAUUUUUUAUGAAACACAGAAGUCGUUCAGCGCACAGUGGUUUGAUACAAGUGAACACCUAUAAUCUAAUUUGCCAAGGAAGGAGCGUUGGAGAGGAGUGGGAGACCUCUAGAGCAGAGUGCAGGGGGAAGAUCUCCAGUCUGAAGAGGCAGGCAGGAGGUGUAUAAGAACUAGCUAUCACUUUGGGAAGCUGAACUCCGAUCUGCAGCUACAUCUAUCCCUGUGGAAUACAUUUUUUUCUGUGCUGUCUUUAGUGCUUCCAUCUGCUUGGGAUAUUUACUUUGAUUCCCUAGGCAAUCAAAAGCAGCAAUUUGUGUUACGGAUUAAACAGCACACUAACUUUAUUUGGAAUUAAAACACUGACAUUUAGAAUGGAAGGUAUUUGAGAAACUGAUCGUCCAUACACUUUGUGCAAUAUAUAUGAUUUUGAGGACAGGAAAAUAAGAUCAUCAAGAAGCAUUUCCCAUUUAUUUUUUUACAUUUUUUUCUUUUUGCAAUAUUGCCUAUUUUCUAAUCUGGAGACAUUUGAAGAGUUAAGUUCUAAUUGGAAAGAUGUCUAACACUUUACAAAAAAUUUGGACUGUGAUUUGUAUUGUUGGAUUCUUCUGGCAUUUCACCAAUGGAAGCUUUGUGAAGAAUCACCUCCGAUCGAGUUUUAUUCAGAGGAAGCUAAGCGGCAGAGAGAAGCGUGAGAUGCAGAAGGAGAUCCUCUCCAUUCUGGGGCUGCCUGGGAGACCCAGACCCGCAAGCGGUGGUCAGUUCCCAUCUUCAGCACCUCUGUUCAUGUUGGACCUCUACCAUGCUAUGUGCAGCGAGGAAGAGGAAGAUGGAACGCAAGGAGUAUCACGAGCACUCUUUACCACUUUAAGCACCCAAAGUCCUCCCUUGGGAGCAGUAAUCAGUGAAGCGGACACCGUCAUGAGUUUUGUGAAUAUGGUUGAACAUGAUAGAGAUAUCUUCCACCAAAAGCCAUAUUGGAAAGAGUUCAAGUUUGACAUGACACAGGUUCCUACUGGAGAAACUGUUACUGCGGCUGAGUUUCGCCUUUUCAAGACUCGUAGCUUCUCACGGCAUUUCAACAGAACACUUCACAUCAGUGUUUAUGAGAUUCACCGAGACCAUGCUCAUCGGCAGCCCGAAUUAAAUUUACUGGACCAUGAGAGCAUACAGACCGGGGAUGAAGGCUGGUUGGUUUUCGAUGUCACAGCUGCUAGUAAUCACUGGUUGCUUAAUGCCAAGUAUAAUGCAGGACUACGUCUUUAUGUGGAGAAUGAUGAGGGGCAGAGCAUUGAUCCAAGUCUUGCAGGCAUCUUGGGAAGACGUGCACCACGCUCCAAACAACCAUUUAUGGUUACAUUUUUCCAAGCCAAUAAAAAUCAGAUCAGAUCUACAAGGGCAGUAAAGCAGCUGAAAAAACGACAACAGAAGAAGCACAGUGACUUACCACAUCCCAAUAAACUUCCUGGUGUAUUUGACCAUGUACAUGUUCCUGAUGGCAGACAAGUAUGCAAACGACAUGAGCUAUAUGUCAGUUUUCGGGAUUUAGGCUGGCUGGACUGGGUGAUUGCUCCACAGGGGUACUCAGCAUUUUAUUGUGAAGGAGAAUGCUCAUUUCCACUUGACUCUUGUAUGAAUGCCACCAAUCACGCCAUCCUGCAGUCACUGGUUCACCUUAUGAAGCCAGAAAGUGUUCCUAAAGCUUGCUGUGCUCCAACAAAGCUCUCAGCCACCUCAGUGCUGUAUUAUGACAAUAACAACAAUGUCAUCCUAAAAAAGCAUCGGAACAUGGUGGUUAAGUCUUGUGGAUGCCACUGACCAAGAUGGAAGAUGGAGGAUUUGCACUUAAGGAAAUAUGAAGCAUGUUUUAUGCAAUUUACUUACAUAAUACUGGAAGGAUUAUUGCCAAUCUUUUUUUUUUUUAUAAAAGCUAAAGGUUGGUAAUGGUUAAACGUAUCAAAUACUUGGAUUGGACAAAAAAGACUGAAACUUUGUUUUGUAAACCACAAAUGAUCAAGUCUAGACCAUAAAUCAAGAAACUCUCAGUGCCUUCUUGGCACAAUUGCAUUUAUUUACUGUAGUAGCAUUGUCACGAUUAUUUUAAAGAGCUAAUGUGUUCUGGUAUCAAGUAUUUGUCCCAACACACCUUAUAGCUCAGCAGGUUUUUAUAAGGCCUAUAGUGGACAUAGUUUGGGACCUUAGGUCAUCUCUGUUGCUCCACUGGCAAACACUAAAAUUUGCAUUGCUGUUCUUCUAUUGAUGCUGCAUGUAAAUUUGUUCUGAGCAAAUUAGGUAAAACUGAAUGUUUUCUCCGACUAUAAUGCCUGCAGAUUGUAUACGUGGAUAGGGAAAAUACUGCAUUAUGGCCACUAGAAGGCGCUGAUGAGCAUACUUAUUUUCUAUGAUAUCCCAUGCCAUCCAGUGGCCAUAAUGUUCUCAAUUCUCACAUUCAAUUGACUAUGCCUUGUUCAAUGUGCAUACAGUACAGACCAAAAGUUUGGACACACCUUCUCAUUCAAAGAGUUUUCUUUAUUUUCAU